UCUACCCACCCACAUCCGUAUUCCUGGGUGACAGCUCUUCCACGCCGUCGAGCGCCGUCGAGUUGUCUCCCCUUCGAUCCAGCGUCAUCCCACCCGAUGCGACAGCACCAGCUCCAGCUCCAGCAUCUCACUACCAUGCCCAACCCCUCAAAUCGCAUCCCCAACCGAUCGCCGUCGCCGUCGCCUUUCCCAUACACAGAGACCGAGCUCGACUUCUCGGCAUGUCGUCAAAUGUCUCUUUCCUACCGACUUCCUCACGGCGGCCGCGAUGACGCCGGCAUUUUCGCCUUCCAGCAGUAUGAGGACAGCAACAACGCCUCUUCUUCGGAACAGCCGACUGGUGCCGACGAGGACUACAAUGUCCCGAACAUCGACUCCAGCGCCAACAUAUUGAGCCGGUUGAGUCAAGACAACCUCGAGAGCAACUCUUGGGGCCCUACAUGGGCCAACUUUUUGGAGGCACCAAAUAUCCUCCUUCCUUGGCAGGGUUCCGUCCCAGUGAGGAAGCAGGGCAUCACCGACUUUCUUGACAGCCUCACAAACGUCUUUCCAGGCGCGCAAACACCCGAACCAACACCAGCGCCUCCCAGGGACAGUGCUCCGAUUACACCACCUGUAUCUGCGCAAGCAGCGACAUCUACGCAGGCAGCGACAUCUAUGCAGGCAGCGACAUCUGCGCAAGGGAAAAGAACUCGAGCCGGACGACGCGCUCAAUCAGAUAGCGACGAUGAGCAAUACGAAGGUCAGAGGUACAAUCCACGACGGAAGACAGUCAUCUCCCACUCUCCUUAUCUUCCUCCUCCUCCUUCUACUGCUCUUCACACUCAAACCGACGAGACCCGCCCUACCUACCCACGAUUCAUUGCCCAUGCCAUCAGGGAGCUUGUGGACGAGGACUUUGAAGACUCCUGCGAGUAUUGCUUCUGUUACCUCUACGAACCCUUCAAGUACAUCAAUAAACCCUUCACCUCGUGCGGGAAACCACGUGCUGAGGUAUCGCAUAUCCUUACCCAUGCAGUCUCGGACCAUGGCCUGAUUAGAGGCCAUCACUCGGGACGCAAAAGCCAGCGCUACCUAACCCGAUGUGCAAGCCACAAUGCCGAGACCAAAGGCAAGGCCGCAUGCACUCAUUGCAACGACGUCGAGCAUUGGACCGAGGAAGACUUGGCAAAUGAGGUGCAUGCUGGCGAGUCUGUUUGCACUCGCUGCUAUGCCCAGCUGCCUACAAAGGCCGAUCUCUUCCGCCACCUGAAUGAGCCGAAUAUCUGCGUCUAUAACGAGGACUGGGCGAUGCGGAAGAAGGUGAGGAUACUGUAUAGUACCUUCUGUGCACCAAAUGAAGUACCAAAGUUCCAGCCUCCACCUGGUGAGUUGCGAGGAGACGGCGCCCGAAAACGAAACCUGAAGGGCAAUCGGCGCCCCUCAGCACAGCCAACUCUCACCCAGAACAACUCCCAGAACAACAGCCAGAACAGCAAUCAGAACAAGAGCCAGGCGACAGCCUCUGGGGCCAGACUUCUUUCCACACAACCUACUCAAGGAUUACCACAUCAUCCUCGCAAUUCUCCUCAGCUGCCUCCUCAGCUUCCUUCUCCGCAAGUUCCGGCUUCUCCGCUCAGAGUGGUAAAUGCACCGUUCAGCGGAUCCUACUCAGGCAACUACUAUCCAGCAACACCAGUUGUUGCGCCUCCACAACCAGCGUCAACAUACUCCGCCGCCGCCUCGUCGCAUCAAGAUUUGGACAUGUACCCUGACAGUGUAAUGUCACAACAGUACAUGGCCUACCAAACCUUUGACUGGCUCGAGGCAAAUCCUCCUUUGUAUUCUGUCCCUGUUCUGUCAGCUCAGCCUGUUCAAAAUACGGCAGGUUGGCAAAAUGGAACACAAGCCUCUGGAAAGUACGCCGGGGAUGUACAUACUGAUUCAGGGUUUGGAUCUAUGCUAGAGGAGGAAUUUCCGGAGUACUUCAACACUGCUAUUGGAGAGAUACAGCCGGGUUGAUAUGGAGCCAACCCGGACGAUCCCGUUUACUCUUGAGCCAUAACUCGUGGUCCACUUAACAGUCCUAUGGACUAGUCGACCUCUGUUUGGCCCAACAUAC